AGGGACCAAAUUAUAAGGUACCAGGUAGUCAGGGCCCAGGGCCUCUUUACACUCGCGCUUUGCUGGAACACAGGCACUUGUACUAGUACCUACCUUACAUUCCCAAAUCCCAAGUGCGUGUAGCAACUAGCAAGGCGAGUUGUUGGAGGCUUGUUGGGGCGUUUACUCGGCAUCCCGGAGCACCUUCCCACAAGGUCACAAACAGCAUCACGGGCAAUCCGAGGCCGCAAACUCAGGUGUGAAAAAGACCAUCUGCUGGUUCAACGUUGUCGGAAACGAGCCCACAACAGCCAAAUGGAGGAUCAAACCGCAGCCCUCAUCAUCGUGACUGGCAUCAUUGAUCGGCGGCAGUGGCUCGCGGUCGGCCCCGAAGUUGGCGAUACGAAGUCCUACAACGGACCGUUUUGCUUCCUAGCAAAAUCGUUCCGAAGCCUUCGAAUCAGCGUCUUUCACACAGUCGAACCCAAUCCCAACAGCGAAGAUGAUGAUGCCAUUAUUAACCUUCCCGAUAUCAGGCAGCGAUCUGUGGAUCUUCUGCAUUUCGUUGACCGGAAACAUCGACGGAGGGACAAGAUCACGCCGUCAGCUGCUAACACCGCAGGGAAGUUGGAUGAUUUAGCUUCUGAUAGCGCCCCGCCAGUACUAAUCUUCGCUGGCCACGACUUGGGUGGAAUCGUAGUAAAACAGGCCCUUCUAACAGCUAAUUCUAAAGCUCGCUUCGACUGGAUUGUGAGCGCCUGUAUCUCAGUGGUGUUUGUCGAAACGCCCCAUUACGCACCGGACCUGCACGCGUGGGAACGGACCAUAUUGCGGAUGCUGGGCCUCGUGGAGGGUAGCUUCGACUUUGUAUCCUUCUUCAAAUACCUGCCCGCUUUCGCCAGUCGGGUGGAGGAAGACUUUCAAGACGCUUUCGAAAGUUUGCCAGUCAUCAACUUUUACACCAAGGCAUCUCCGUUAUACAAUGUACGUACUUCAACCCGAUCUCCGGCUUUCCUGGCCUUCCUGGCCUUCCGUAUUCACUUGUGAAGGGAGACCGCUUGUCUAAUGGUAGAUCGAGUAGGUCACCAAUAAAGGCGAAGGCCCUCUGCGAUUCACAGGCCAUGACAAG